CCGCCCACCACACACGUACGCCGGCGCCGGCCAGGAGCACGAUCUCCUUGCAUGCAUGAUCGAUGUGCGUUGAAUUCCCACACUAAAAUGGCACGGGCGUACGGCUCCCAGCCACACAUAUACCAGGGCUAAUCCAGAGCAAACACGCGCAAGAUUCAACCAUGUAUGCCACUUCGAUCCUGUGACAGCCUUAUCAUCUCUCGCCAGCACACAGCCUCUCGCUCUCGUCGACCUUAUAUAUUCAAACCAGUAUUUUUCAAACUCUCGCAUCACCUAUCCACACACAGAAUCUCUGGCAGAGAUCAUCGAUCACUAAUUAGCUGUUGAGAUAGACAAGAUACUACAAUGGUUAGCACUAAGGCCAUUGCUUUCGUAGCUGUAGUUGUCUGUGCUGCGUCGCUUGCCCCGGUGGGUGAGAGCCGCUCUGCGCGGAAGGACCUUGGUAUCAACCUUGGAGGCCUUGGUGUUGGAAUUGGUAUCGGGUUGGGUGCGGGUGGUUCAGCUUCUGGCUCAGGCUCCGGUUCAGGUUCUGGCUCCGGCUCGGGUUCUAGCUCUGGUUCAGGGUCGGGUUCCGGCUCUGGCUCAGGUUCAGGAUCAGGAUCCGGGGGUCUAGGCCUUGGACUUGGUGUUGGAGUUGGUAUUGGCCUAGGUGGUGGUGGUUCUAGUUCCGGAUCCGGUUCUGCAUCCGUCUCUGGCUCCGGAUCAAGCUCAGGGUCCAGUUCUGGGUCGGCGUCGGCUUCUGGGUCAGGCUCGGGCUCGGCCUCGGUCUCGGGAGGAGGUGUCGGGCUUGGUCUUGGAGCUGGACUUGGCAUUGGGUUGGGUGGUGGUGGUUCUAGUGCGAGUUCUGGGUCAGGCUCAGCAUCGGCUUCUGGCUCUGGGUCGGGAAGUAGCUCGAGCGCAGGGUCUUCAGCUGGAUCAACUGCGGGAUCUUCGACAGGAUCCAAUGCUGGGUCGUUCGCUAGCUCUGCUGCGGCUUCCGGUUCAAGUGUGGGGUCUAGUGCAGAAUCAAGUGCGGGUUCCCAAGCUAGAAGUGUGCAAGGCGGCCAUUGACGUGGGCUAUGGUGACGAUCUAGCUCUCUAAUGAUCUUGUUAAACUGUUCUGUUGUAAAGAGGUCUUGUUUGGUAUUAGUGUAUUUUUCAGUCACUUGAGUUUUGGUAUUUGAGCGGUUUUGGUGUUCAUUAAAAACUGAAGUGUUUGUGGAAAAAACUAGACAUAAUCCCCUCCAAAUCUUUCCUACCAAACAACCAUUUCGAGUUUUUAGUACUUUUCAAUUUGGAGUAGAUAAUACCUUAAAAAAGGGCCUAAGGAUUUCUACUUGGCAGCGGCAGUGCAUGCUAUUAUUAAAGUA